UUCAACCUCAAAUUAAAACAAAAUAAUUGUCAUAAAAUGGACAUAAGUUACGCGUACCAGAAAAAACGAAGCGAAUAUGGCAGGCAGUGUCUGUUUUCCGACAAGGGUCCCGACCUGAUCGACAAUUUCUCUUCCAACAAAAAACUGCUUAAAGAAUACAUAUUAAGAGACCCAGUGAAUCGAUCUACGCUAUGCGCCCCAGUACAAGCAGAACACUCAUUGAACACCAUGAGGGCGGAGUUCACCAACAGCUCAAUGAACCACGUGGAGGGCGGUUGGCCAAAAGACGUCAAUACCGCCGACGAGGAACAAACCAAACGCUACCGAAGAAAAAUCGAAAAGGACGAGGGAUUCAACCAUACCAUGAUGCAACUGUUUAAGAGCAUGGAAAACUGUAUUCAACAAAACAACGCCAUAAACAUUUACCAGCAAUACUUUUCCGACGUGGAACCCACGCCGCUGGUCGAAAGAAGUUCCGCGAGAACCGUGAACGUUUACCAGGACCAAAGCAGUCCGACCAGACCGGUUAACUGGGUUUCCUGGUCACCGGACAACCAGACCAAACUGGCCAUCACCCAUUGUAACUUGAAAUUCCAGAGUGUCGUCCCUAAGGAGACUACUUUCAGUUAUAUUUGGGAAGUCGAAAACCCUAACAGGCCCCUGCUCACUUUAAAACCGGAGUACUCUUGCGUGUGUUUGGAGUACAACCAGAAAGACCCGCACUCGCUAGUGAGCGGACAGUUGAACGGGCAAGUGGCCGUGUGGGACACCAGAAAGGGCUACGAACCGGUCGAAUUGAGUUUGAUCGAAAACAGCUUUCGGGAUCCGGUACACGCGGUGCUCUGGAUCAAUUCGAAGAGCGGAACUGAGUUCUUUAGCUGUUCUACCGACGGACAAGUUAAAUGGUGGGAUACGAGGAAACUAACCGAUCCCAUCGACACCUUAAUUCUGGACUACGCCAAGGACGAGGAGCAACAUUUAGCGAACGCCUUGGGAGCCUCCUGUCUGGAAUACGAGACGACUAUUCCCACUCGGUUUAUGGUCGGAACGGAAGAGGGCGUUGUCAUAUCUUGCAACCGAAAAGGGAAGACCGCGAUGGAAAAGAUGUCGGCCCGGUUCAAGGCCCAUAUGGGACCGGUGGUGGCCCUCCAACGUAAUCCGGCUUUCGUAAAAAAUUUCCUCACCAUCGGCGACUGGUCGGCCAAAAUCUGGUCCGAGGAUUGCAGGGAAAGUUCGAUCAUAUGGACUGGAUACCAUAAAGCGAUGCUCACUAGUGGAGCCUGGAGUCCCACCAGGUUAUCCGUAUUUUUCACUACAAGAACGGACGGCAUCGUAGACGUAUGGGACGUGUUGCAACAACAGAAACAAGCCUCCCUGAGCGUGAAAGUGUGUGACGAAAAACUGAGAUGCAUAAGGACCCACGACAUGGGACGAUUGGUCGCUGUGGGCAACCAAAAGGGCACCACGUAUCUGGUGGAGUUCAGCGAAAACUUGUCCGUAUCGAACAAGAACGACAAGAUGCUCCUUACGGCGAUGUUCGAGCGCGAAAGUAAACGGGAGAAAAUAUUGGAGGCACGUAAUCGGGAACUGCGACUCAAAAUGAAAACGAAACAGCCUCAACAGGGCGACGCCAUAGACGAGGAAUCGAUCGGGGAGAACUUGGAGUCGAUUUCUGAUCACAUUUUUGCGGAUAAUAGCGUCAAACAGGCGGAGGCCGAUUUUUAUGAAAUAUUUGAGAAAGAAAAACGUGCUGCUGCACCGCCUCCGGAGGCCGAAGAAAAGGAGGUUGCACCUGCCACGUCGGAGGUGCAAGAUGUGGAGACUACUACCGAAUCACCUCCACCACCGGAACCCCCAAAGGAGAAGCCUACUAAAGGGAAGAAAAAGGGCAAAUAAGGAGUUUUUGCUUAUUAAUUAUGAUAAAAGGGUUUUAUUGUGGUUGUUGUAAGAAAUAUUACGUUAUUGUUUAGUAAAUUUUUUUUUUGCAAAGGUCAAAAGAAAUUUUGACGGUCACUGGAAAAUUAAUUCAAUAAAAGCUCAAACAGUUAAAGUAACCGAAAUCAUAGUGGACCCCUGGGAUAACUUGAGUUGUUUUUCCCCAUUGAUUAAAACAACAAUAUGUAUAAACUGUU